AUGAAGCUGGGUCUUUUGGUUAUUGCGUUACAUGGUAUCUAGUCUCCGCUUGCUGAGAAAAAAAAAACAUAAGAUCAUCAACGGAGUAGUGCUGUUGAUGAGAGUUGGUUCUUUAUCAUGUCAACCUUGCAAUUAUGCCUUUUCAUAAGGAAAUUGCGCCCUAAGAUUCAUUCGAGUAUUAGAAAAUUUGCCUACAAAAUUAAUACAAAGGAGCAACAAGGUUUUAAAUCUUUACUUUUUGAAUCCCGCGAAUCAGUACCACGUCAACCCUUUAAUUACACAGAGAGCACAAAUUUCCUUGAAAAUGGGGAUCAACGUAAUUCUUUUGAGAAAAACUGUGAAGCUGAAUUACCUCAUCUCACAAGGUCUCUCAACUCAGAGGACCUGAAUAAAAUUUACUCUGACGAGGAUCCUUCAUUACCAUUGUUGUCAGUUGCCUGUUCUGGAUGUGGCGCACCCUUGCAUAGUAAAGCUGCAGGAUACCCAGGUUUUAUACCUGCGACAGAAUAUAAGAGCAUAAUAUUAAAUACGGGGCGAUCAUCUAACCGUUCAAAAUCUCGGAGUCCAGCUUUCACCCUCUGUGUACGAUGUAAUCUUCUUCAGAAACAUGUUGAUGCUAGACAGUAUUCAGGAAACGGCAAAUGAAUCUGAUUUUUGGUCUAAAGUGAUCAAAGAAAUAAAGAGGCAUGAUGACGCGGUCGUCGUUAUGAUAGCAGAUAUGACAAACCUUCCGCAUUCGUUGAUAUCGGAUUUGCAUACAGGAUUAGAAGGCAAAAAAUAUAUACUUGUUGGUAACAAGGCAGACCAAUUACCAGGUGAUGGUCCUCGUUUCUUAGAGCGAUGGCAUUCUGCUUUGUUGGAAGCAGCAAUUUCAAGAAGCAAAAUACCGAGAGACAAUAUUAACAACAUUUUUAUUGUCAGUGCACUAACUGGUUAUGGUGUAACAGAACUUGUAGAUUUUCUAUUAUCCAAACGUUUUCAUUCGAAAAAUCCAAUUUAUCUGUUAGGUUCUGCAAAUACUGGAAAGUCUAGUUUAUUCAAUCGCUUAUUACUGUCAGAUUUAUGUAAAUCAGAAGCUAAAGAAUCUAUUCAUCGUGCUACAAUAUCCACAUGGCCAGGCACAACAUCUGGUCUUCUUAGUUUCCCAUUAACACUAAUGAAUGCAGCCAAACGAGGUCAACGUACACAGUCACGUAAUGAACGAGCACAACGAAAUAUUAUUUCAGAAAAGGAAUCUAAUAUAUCAUAUGGUUUCCAAUACUUGAAACCCAAGGAAAUUGGCUCCAGUAUUCAUGAUAGACGAUCGUUAAAUUAUUAUGCAGUUGAAAAAGCUCGUGGUCUACUACCAGAUUUGUCGGAUUUGCCAACAUAUACAUGGAAAUCGAGUAGUGAUAUCGUAGAAUCUGAUGAUAAGGCUGGGAAUUGUAUUGCCAAUGAAUUUGGAUUAGAACAAUUAACUUCAAAAUUCUUACAUGGUAAUAUUUACAUUGAUAGGGCUACAUGGGAUGGAGAUCAAGGCAGUCGACUAUUGACAAAUGUAUUAAAUGCACGAUAUUUCAAUAAUCAUGCAUGGUGUUAUGAUACUCCAGGUGUACUUUGUGAAGACCAGAUACUUAAUUACCUUUCACAAAAUGUAUUAAAUUUUAUGGAUAAAUACCGAUCAAAAGGUACUGGUGUAUUUCAUUUAGCAAAUGGUGUAUCCAGAAAAGUUCUCAUCCCGCGUACAUUUGUCAUGCGUCCAGGUCUUUCACUUCUUAUGGGAUUAUUAGGUCGUUUAGAUGUCUUAAAGGCUCCAGGUUCUGUCUACUUGACCACUUUUUCUCAUCUGCCAAUUCAUAUUGUACCGACAAUAGAAGUAGAUGAUUAUAACCGCCAAUUCACCAAAUUUCUUGCUCCUUUUAUCGAUUCUUCAUCUAAUGAUAAUAAAAAUAAUGUUGACAAUUUUAUUGGACCUUGUGGACUACUACCGCCAAUGAAAUCAAAAAAUCUUGAUCCUAUAGAGACUGCGACUAAUUUAGAUCAGUCUAAUGUCGAUGUUGUUUUAUCAGGAGCAGGGUGGAUUGGUGUAACUGGAUUAAAUAAAGAGGAAAAGCAACCCUCAGAGGGAGAAAAUCCGGAAAAUUUAUGCACUGAUAAUAAUGUUAUUAUAAACCAUGAAGAUUCAUUUUCCAAUAGUAUUUUACUUUUAGCCUGGACUCCUGGAGCUUUGGGUAUUUCUAUAAGGACACCAUCCCUUAUCCCAUAUGCUAUUAAACGUCGAGGUCACCGCUUAAAGUUUUUAAGAGAAUUUUCAGGUGUUCAACAACCAUAACAGUGAUUGUAAAUAUCAACUUCCUGUGAAUACUUUCUAGCCAAAUAAAUAUGUAUAUAUG